GCGAAAUUAGGGAAAGGGAGUCCCGCAGGGAGGGAGCCCCGGAGGUGGGUUCUUCGUCAGUAAAAAGUUAAAAAUACAGCAAGAAAUAGCAAACAUAAAAAACAUCAUAUUAAAAUAUCAAGUUUUAUUGGAAAUUGAAAUAAGGUUCUUAGUAUAAAGAGUUCUCGUAGAGGUUUUGGACUUAUCUACAUCGUUUUCGUACUCGAUCAUCAUACCAUCACUCCCAUUGUUUGAGCAAAAGUUUAAGGUUCAAAGUUGUCUUCAUAUCUGUCCUCGCUAUCCUGCUCUGACGAACCUGUAGUGUCUCAUUUUCCUCACAAAAAUCGAGAAGAAAUCAUGUUGGAUGUUUGUUUGCCCACAGUAGGACCACGAAAAGCUGGUCCUCACGAGGACCAUACGGUCAUCGGCCAGUCGUGCUCCUCCAGAGUCGUUCCCGAUUCGAUCCGAUUGUGUUUGAAGUGCUGUAUUUGUGGUGCGGACGUGCAUGAGAAGACUCCAGGUGCGCGCUGCCUCGCUUGUCUCCGCACCGAGGCAGUGAAGGCGUCACAGCCGUUUGCGCCAAGUGCUUGCAACGUGAAGAUGUGCAAGGGCUGCGGUCGCUACUUGACGUUCAAUUCGUCCGGCUCGAUUCAGCGAUGGGUGCGUGCCGAAUGGGAGUCGAGGGAAUUGAUUGCUUUGUGCCUGAAAAGUUUGUGUGGUGGCUCCGGGAACAGCGUGGCAUCUUCCAACGGCACACCUUCAGCUGGUGCAGGAGGCUCUUCUACCUCAGCAGGAGGUGGCUCUCUACAGGCGAGUGACAUCCUCGACGCGAUGUUCCUGUACACAGAACCGCACUCACGGCGCAUCAAGAUUCGUGUCACCUUCGCAACCCAUUUCGGCAGUAUUGCGCCUUCGGGCCCAAACAUCUACGGUGGAGGAAACGGGACGUCAGACGAUGCCGGCUCCUUUAGUGGUGGUGUCGGGAUCAGCACUUCUUGCUCUAGGAGGAACUCCGCGACAGAAACUGACCGCAAUAAACUCCUAGAACAACUUUUGAACGAGGACGAUGAGUUUGAAGAAGGCACUCAAGACCCAGACGAUGGUCUUCAGAAGCUGGAUGGUAACGAGGAUCAUCUCCAUGUUGACAAACUUGAUGCGGCCUAUGCGGCAGCGUCUGCUGGUGGUUCGCUGCUAGCCGGCACAGCCUCCCGCACGGCUUCUUCCAUAGAAUCGAGUUCGUUUCAAGUUCGUGAAACCCGCGACAUCGAAUUUGUGGUUCAAACUCAACAAUGCGCGGACUGUGCGCGCGAAUACACGCCGCACACCUGGACCUAUUUGGUCCAGCUUCGCCACGCAAAAGCGCGUUACUUCUCUGUCGACGCGGCCAGGCGACUCUUUGCUCAAGUUGAGAGUCUGGUGCUACAACGAGGAAAUAACAAGCAAGGUGGUUCUGGAGGAAAGAGUGGAGGCUCUGGCUCGUCCUCUGGCGGUGGUGGUGGAGGAGGUGGCGCUUCUUCUACUUCAGGAGGCGCAUUUUGUCUGUCCCAAUUGGUCAAGACGGAAUGGAUGAAAGAUGGGCACGGUGCUGAUUUCUAUUUCCGCAACAAGCUGCAGGCGCAUGCGUUCAUUCAGUUGAUUCGCAAGCACUUCGUCACUGGAUCCGAGAAGCUAAAAGAGUCCAAAUCGUUGAUCAAGCGCGACGAACAGAAUGCGUUUUCGCGCUACAAGUUUACCACUUGUCUGUCCCUUUCGCCGAUUCUGAAGUGGGACUUGGUCGCGAUCGUCGAUCCCAAGGCCAUCUUGCGGCAUCCAGUUAAAGUUCGCAACGGGGCUGAACUGGUGCGCACCACUGGAGUUUUGCUAUGUGUUGGCGCAAAGAACGGCCGCUUGGAUCUUUUGGACCCUUGCAGUGGGCGCGUCUACGUAAUGCACGAUUGGAAGGGUCUGUUGACGAUCGCCGACCGCACCCAGACCAAGGCAUUUACGGUGCUGGACGUGGAAACGGGCAACUGGAACUGUACCCAGGGGUUUAAUAACGAUGACGAUGCUCUUUUAUCUACUUUCGAGGAUGAAGAUGACGAAAUCGACAUCGACAUCCAACCGAUAGAAGAUGAAGCAUCAGGCAAGAUGAAGGAUAUGAAAAGCGUGCAGACCAGAAGCACAGGAGAAGUGGCGGAAGACGAUGGCAACGGAGGUUUCUCAUCGAGCAACAGUGGCGCAGAGGGGGACGAUCUGGAAAUGGCAGUUAAUCAUGGUGAAGACGGAAGUGCUGUUGCAGAUUCAGAUUGUGCCACAAUAUCGAAGUCAAAUUCAUCAAUGAAGGAUACAAUUACAAAAUCUCCCGAACAAGCUUCCACGACUAAGAAAAAGAAAGCAAAAACGACGACAUCAAACAAUAACAAGGCGACAACAUCACCAGGUUCACCCCAGCUAGGUCCAUCCAGUCCGCAACGAUGCAUUGCAAAGAGCCCGACUGUAAGACUGAGUGUCGCGCGUACGUGCGAUCUAGGCACGACAGAAGACGGAAAUCAGAUUCAUGGGGUAUGGGGAUCGCACUGUCUCAAUUGCGACGUCAGCGACCAGGUGUGGGCCUACGACUUGCGUGCCCUCAACCGCAGUGAGCUAGAGGAGUUGGCAGAUAGACGGAUUACUCUGCCAGAGGCAGUACUUUGCUACAAAGUCAAAGCCACUGCGGGAACGAUUCCUUGAUGAAGAGAAGUCGGGAAGACUGCGAACUAUCAGCAAGUAUAUCUACCUAUAAAUAUGCCUGACUCUCCUGUUCCAAUCAAUAUCUAUCAAAUUUUUUGGAUACCUCUCAGUAAUGGUCCUAGACCUGUCUCCAACUACCUUGUUGUAGUUCUCAAUGUUGCUGAGGCACCUUGAAAUCACUCUCUAAACCAGGAGAGCUUUCUGUCGUGUUUCAAUGACGCUGUAGUUCUCGUUGCGACCAACAACGAUGAAAUGUGCAGAACCCUCUCAUCGUUGUUGUAACACGAGCAUGAAAAAAAAGUUGCUACGAUUUUUCUGGUGAAAGCUUGAAGUAGCUGGAUUUGGAUGAUGUUGAUGACUUUCUGGUAGUGGUUGGUAACGUCUUGGAAGUUGUGAAUUUAUCGUGGAAGAUUACCGUCAUGUCAUGUGUCAUUACCGAUUGAAAGAGAUGACAGGCUGUGAGGGCCUGUCACUUCUAGCCGCGGCGACAAGCAAGAACUGAAGUCGGCUAAGUCGCGACAACAGAAAAAGUUUUUUCCCUGUAAGACUAUGUCUAAGAGUGAAG